AGUGAGUGGGGAGGUGUCAGACUGAGCAGCGCAUUUUACUGGAGCUCUCGUACUUUCAUAUUUGACACUGGGAAGCGUAUGAAAACAUCAGGACCCUGGAUGUACCUGCAAAACCAACGUCUAUCCUGGAACACAUGGUGGAAAAUGAAACACCUAAAUGCAGAACUUUUCAUUUAACAGGAGCAGUGUUGACUGGAGCUUGUUGAAUCUGGAUUGUUGACAUGGCAGUUGACGCGGCCUCCAGUUUUACUUUCUGCCGGCCUGCGGUGGAGUACAGGGCCCUUCCAGAGGACUUUAAGUACCAGCUGAACCGUUGCGCAGGUGGAAACCUCACCUGGCAUGAGGGGCAGAGCCGCAAAACAGCAGGUGGCCGAAUGGUCAAAUUGCUACAGCAGCCUGGAACUGAAGGAGCACAGUUACGUUCAGGCGAAUCUUACUCUGUUUACCACACCAGCCCCACCUUGCCGUGUCUCUCCAGACCAGUGGUCCUGUGGUCUCAACAGGAUGUUUGUAGAUGGCUAAAAAAACACUGUCCACACAAUUACUUGACCUACGUGGAGGCUUUUUCCCAGCAUGCUAUUACAGGUCGCGCUCUCUUGAGACUGAAUGGUGAGAAGUUAGAGAGGAUGGGUUUGGUUCAAGAGACCCUGAGACAAGAGCUUCUCCAGCAAGUCCUACAAUUACAAGUACAAGAAGAGGGACGCAACUUACAGCUGCUCAGCAGAGGGCUAUCUGAAAACCUGUCAUAGCUUUAGCCAUGCGUGGGGCAGGUCUACCAGGCUGGAUGCACUCUGAAGGAGCAUCAGAGUGCCUGGGGUUUAAGGCCAGAGACGUUUGACUGAAGCUGUCAAGGCUGGGACACAAAGACACAGGGACAGCUUUCAGUUUUGCUACUUAACUCCCACAUUCUUACUAUGCCUGAGGAACCCGGACCAGAUUAAAUUUAUAAAAGGAACCGAUAUAUCUACCCUCAUCUGCUUCAAAAUACAAACUUCAAAUGUGGAGUCCUAAUCCUUAUGCCUAAUAAUACUGGACCCAGUGUGAUGCACCAAACCUUUCUUCAUUUUGAUGCAACAACCUGAAUUGGGGAAUUUAAUGUGGAAAAUCUGAUGACCUGAUGUAAAUGCUACAUUCUAGAAUGACCUACAGUAGAUGACUGAUAAUAUUGAUAGAUAAGACAAAAGUUUAAAAGCCCUAUGAUGACAGUUUGUUCGCAGAAAACUGGUUUCCACACUUAUGCUGGAAUGUGACCUUACCAGACAUGCCCUUAAACGGAAGACUGUGGUAUUAGGCAAAAUGUAUGCGGUUGAAUUCCUGCAGGUGUUCCUGGAAUUAAACUGUGCAGCCUGCAUCUGACUAAAGGCCAUAGCAUUGUUGGGACUGGAACUGGUUCCCAACAAGCAAAUGGCACACAAAAUGGGAACCUGUUUUGCGUAGUUCCAGUAUCAACAUCUUUCCAUAUUUCUUGGUCUUGGAAAAAAAUCCUGAACAUAAGUCGGAUUUUGGUUUAGAUUUAACUAAUGUAAAGAAUUAAGAGCUUGUAGAGUCAAUCACAUUACUCUUGUUUAAGGAUUAGAUUGUAAAGCUUUGAGUUUUUGUAGCUCAGCAUUGCAUUAACACUGCAGAAUGCCAUAGGGUUGAGUGCAAGGAAACAGUGACGUACUGCUGAAAUGUUUACAUGAAAUGCACUGUGAGACACUUAGGAUAAAAGCAUUAUCCCAAUGUGUAAGUGUUAUAGGUAACAAUUAGGCUAGAACUUGUGUUAGCAGCACAUAUUGGCCAGGAUUAUUGUUUUGGACCAAACAGAUUAAUGAUUUUGACACAGCUCUAUGUUUUAUUUGGCAAAAUCAGGUGGUGCAACGAUAGCAUUGAUAUUAAAAUAAUAAGUACCUCUGGUCACAAAAAAGUGUGUUUAUCCUGUGUAAAUUACAAAGCUCUGUAAGCCUCUGAGAAUUGCAGAUGACAGAUGUAACAGAGAAACAGAUGACACGCUGCGUCACCGUAGCUUAAAAAAGAAUCAGGUGUGGACUUGCCCGAGAGACCAUUCAAGUAACUCACAUCAAAACCACAUCAAGAGUACUUUGAAAGCUGUGUAAGACAAGCAGGAACUGUAAAACUGUAUUUAUAUGUGGUACUGUAUUUUGUGAAAAGAGUUAAUGUAUUAUUAAAGUAAGCAUAUGAGUCGGAUAUCUCACGCUAUAGAUGGAUUAUUGUAAUUCCAUGACAUGAGGUAUUUCCUGUUGUGACGGGGGGCAGAAACAUCUUGUGAUACUCUGAGAUUCAGAUGAGAUGUAAGAUCUUAAAAGAAACAGAUUUCUAAUAGUUUGUGUCUUGUUUUCAGUUUGUUGUGAGAAGAAAAUAGCUUUGACUAAACAGGAAUACAGAUGCAAAUUAUUUUGGCCGCAAUGUUCAGAUUACACAGUGGUUUUACCUGAGGGUAACAUUACUCAUGUUAAAUUUGAAUGUUACGUCCCAUGCUUAUGUCAUAUUUUCACGUGGCUCUGUCACGUGACAUUAUAUGUGCAGAUGACACUUUUUAAUACAUAUUUGUUUGGUUUCCACACUAACACUUAAAAAACAGUUAUUUUGCUUUUAAAUGCUACAUAGCCUAUUUCAUUUAUUUGUAUACUGUAUUUAAUAUUGCAUUCAAAUGACUUAACAAAUAAACUUUUUUUAAAAAUCGACAAAUU